GCCUAAACUAUACUAUAGAAUUAUCAAUGCUAGACCGGAAGUUUCAGGAGAUAAGAAAUCAAAGCAACAUACUAACAUAGAAUAGUUCUAACCGUCUACAGUCUACUGUGCUACAGUCUCCACUGACUACACGUCUGAUAGGAAAAGAUGGACAGUGAACACCAGCCUUUGGCAUCCUCUACAGCUACUGAAUUGUACACUGAAGAUGCACCACCUCCAAAUGCUCCUGCAUUUAGCCAUGAGUCACUGGACAUCACAGGCAAAAGCCCCCCUCACACCAAUGCCUGGUACCUGCCACCAAAACGCUAUGUCAUAGCCCUGAUGACAUUCCUAGGGUUUGCAAACCUCUAUGCCUUGAGAGUGAACCUGAGUGUUGCUAUUGUAGCUAUGAUAUCCAAUAGGACCAUCAUUGUCAAUGGAACACUUGAAACGCUUUCAGGUCCAGAGUUUAACUGGAGUCAGCAGAUGCGUGGACAAAUUUUAGCCAGUUUUUUCUAUGGUUAUAUUGUAACCCAACUACCUGGUGGCUUUCUCUCACACCGUUAUGGUGGCAAAUAUGUGUUUGGUAUAGGAAUAUUUUUGACAGCAUUAUUCACACUCAUUACUCCCUUAAUGGCAUCAUGGAGUCCUUAUUUAUUGAUUGGCUGUCGAGUGAUUGAGGGUCUUUUUGAGGGUGUAACAUAUCCUGCCAUCCAUGCUAUCUGGGCCAAGUGGGCUCCACCUGUGGAGAGAACUAAACUAGCAACAUUUGGAUUUUCAGGUUCAUACAUAGGUACUGUCCUUGCUCUGGUGAUAUCUGGAUCUUUGGCAGAGAGUACUGCUGAGUGGCAAUCUAUAUUCUAUGUCUUUGGUUCACUGGCCGUCAUCUGGUUCUUGUUGUGGGUGAUUCUGGUUACUGAAAGUCCAGUUGGUCAUCCAGGAAUUACUAAUGCUGAAUUGGAUUACAUUCAGAAUUCACUGGGCUAUUCAGAGGAUCAAACUAAGCAAGUUCAUCCUCCUUGGCUUUCAAUAUUUAAAUCUGCACCAGUCUGGGCUAUAGCUGUGGCACAUUUUGUGGAGAACUGGGGAUUUUACACUUGGUUGACUGAGUUGCCAACUUUCAUGACUCAUGUUUUAAAGUUUCACAUCAAAGAGGGAAGCUUUCUUUCGGCUCUACCGUAUCUUGUCAUGGGCAUUGUGGUUUUCAUGGGGGGAUACUUUGCUGAUGUUCUGCGUUCCAAUUUUGGUGUCCCCACAGUUGUAGUUCGCAAAAUAUUUACUUGCGGAGCUUUUGCCUUACAAGCUAUCUUCAUGAUAGCUGCUGGCUACCUCAUGUCUAGAGUGGCAGCUAUUGCCUGCCUGACUGUGGCUGUUGGUAUUGGGGGCUUUGCUUGGGCAGGUUUUAGUGUGAACCACUUGGACAUUGCUCCACAGUUUGCAAGCAUCUUGAUGGGUCUAUCCAACACAUUUGCUACACUUCCUGGAAUUAUAAGUCCUAGCUUGACUGGUGUAAUCGUUUCCAAUGAGGACUCAUCAGGAGAUUGGCAGAUAGUCUUCUACUUGGCUGCAUGUAUUUAUGGCAUUGGUGCUUUGGUUUAUGGCAUACUGGCCUCGGGAGAAACCCAGAGUUGGGCUACAUUGCCAGGAGGCUACCAUUCCUAUAAUGAAGACCCUGAAGCUGACUGAGGAGCACAGCUGAUAUUAGGCCCAACUUUGACUGACAAGAUGCUGACUUGAUUUAACUAGAUAUAUGUGUGUGUUGUGAAUGGUAUUUGUGUUAUAGUCAUUUCCUAAACCAAAGUUUUUAUAUUUUAAAGUUUUAACUGCUUUGUCUUGCGAAUGACAGAAGAUCUUUUCACAUACAAAUGAGAAUUUCAUUUUCUUAAUUGUAUUUGGUUUAACUAGAUUUUUACUAAUGAGAUAGAUGUACACAUUUUUUAAUCCUACCCUGAGAUGGUUAACUCUUUGAUUUCGUAAUUAUUUUCCACGUUUGGAUGGAAUUAAAUUUUUGGGCCAUUCAGAGUGAAAAUAUAAUUUUUUUGUUUUUUAUUAGAAAAUGAUAUAUUUAGUAUAGAAUUAAAAGGAAUGCAUGCCUUUUUAUAUAGCACAAAGCAAUUGUUAUAAAACAAAAAAAUAUUUUAAUGUUUGAAAUUUAAAAAUAACUUACAGACUGCCAAAAAGCCUUCAGGAUCUUGAAAAAAUUAGAAAAAAUGUAUGGUCCAUAUUGAAAAUAACAAUUUCCAUAUAACUUUAUAUGAAAACCAUUUAAAAUGAAUGUUCUGAGCUCAUUAUCACCAUCAUCCAGAACAUAGAUCUAAAGAAACUAGAGCCUUUUGAAGAUCCCACUCUUUCAGAAAAUCUUUCACUGUAAAAACACAUUGAAAGAAAGGAUGUUUAUUUAGCAAUAUUUUAGAUAAUAUUUUAAGUAAUCAAAAACAUACAGGAGGAAAAAAAAUAUAAAAAAAAAUUUUAAAACACUGACCUUGCCAGCGAUGAUUACAACUUUAUAGCUGGGUAAAAUCAACUAUGGGAGCGUCUUUCCGAAGUCAGAGUUAAUCAAUAUUUAUAACUAUUAAUUGAUAAAAUGUACUAUUUUUUAAUAGUCAACAUUCAGUACACAGAAGCAGCAUUAAAAGAAAUAUUUUUUUAUGUCUUUUAAUUUUUGUAUUUUAAUACUUACAUUUUUUAUUCAAGUUAUUGUAAUGCAACUUUCAGCUUUUAUAGUAGAUUAGUUCUAAUUACCCCAUUUGUUGUUAACUCCUAAACUUUCCAUGACAUGUUUAUGAUAUAACUUUGUUCAUUGGACUUAUUUCAUUUAUUUUUAAACCUAUUUUAUUUGAACUGCUAAACAUAUUGAGUUUCCAAAAGUCCUAGACUUUGGACAACAAACAUGCCAUAAGUUCUAGACUUAGGACAACAAACAUGCCAUAAGUCCUAGACUUUGGACAACAAACAUGCCACCCUGUACAUAUUGUGUUUUGAUUUGUCUAAACUGCUCGAUGAAUUGUCUGUGUUUGAAAUACUUUGGUCGAGUGAGUUGUGACACUAGACUGUGAUUCUAUUUUCAAAGUUUUUAAAUCUUAUUUGAAAAUAUUUUUGUUUAUCCAUCUGUGUAAUUGUAAUUGUUGUGAUGGUAAUAAUAAAUAUUGCAAGUUGCA